AUGGGAGACUACGGAGAGGGAGAUAAUUCUGUCCAUUUCUUCUUAAUUGCCGUAAAAAACGGCCCGGAAGAUACGGCUUCGUUCGUUUUGGCGCACCAUUUUGUACAAGAGACUGUCAUAAACAUGGUCAUGGUCAUGGAGGCGAACAGGGCCGUGUUUGCUGAACUUUUUCCUGGAUUAACUCGUGAAAAUAUGCUUUUAAAGUGUCAAGAAAUUCAUAGAGAAGAAAAGUUGCAAGAGCGGAAUUAUCGUCGGAAUAAGUUCGCUAGAGCGCUAGAGAAGGUGAUCUUCAGAGAAUACGAAAACCAGCGGUUGAGGAGACUUGAACUCAGAGACCCAGAUCUUGUAGAGUUAUUAGAAGAAGUCUUUUUUCGCUAUGAAACACCUCUAGCGGGUGAAAGUGAAGCUGUGUUAUGGACAUCAGUGAAGAGAACAUUGGAUGAGGAUGUGUGGAGAAGAAUAAAUCGACGAGCAACAGAUGAUGAGAAUGAAGAAGCACAAGAGCUAAAUGAGUAUCUAUUUGAUCGUCUGCACAGGGAAUCAGAAAAAAAGGCCCUAUCUCAUCGACGCAAUCAAUCCGCAAGAGCCGUGCAAAAGUUCAUUUACGAAUCCGCCUUGCGUAACCGACAAAGAGAACUUCGAAGAGAGUUAUCAUUAACAACGGCAAGGCGAGAAAACAGAAUCAUCAUGGAAAAAUUCAAAGAGUUCUUCUUUGAAUGUGAACAAAUGGAAGAACAUGAAAGGAUAGUUUAUGGAAAUGCUAGAAGAAACGAAUGGGAAGAAAAAGUAUGGAGAGAAUACCCAGCACACUGGGCCCUGCCGCCUCAGACGUCGGACGGUAUGGCGACCGGUGAGAGGCGAUCAAAUCUCAGGUUGCUCAGGACGUCAUUGAUUCUGGACCAAGGCGACACACGCACAACUCGUCAUGGAGACUGUCUCAGACUGUGUACUUACAAUGCGAGAACAGUUUCCACAGACGCUGACCUGCAUGCCCUUCUCGGAGCUGCAGAACGUAUCAAAUUUCACGUUAUUGCUCUGCAGGAGAUCAAGUGCAGAAGGAGCGACGUACGACAGAUGAAUGACGGCACACUCGUCAUUCGUGGAGAGAAGGUUCCGUCGCAAAAUGUAGGCGGUGUUGGUUUUGUUGUGCACCCAUCUGUCGUCCAUCUCGUCGAUUCCCACGAGAUCCUGUCAUCUCGUCUGGCCACUCUUCGCCUCCGCCCUCUGCGCCAAAAAUCCAUCAGUAUCAUCGACUGCUAUUCACCAACAUCAGCAGCUGAUGAUUCCAAAUUGGACGCGUUUUACGAGGAGCUGAAGGAAGUAGUCCGCAACGAGAAGUCCUUUUACAAAUUCGUUGUCGGUCGCGCUGGUCGAUCAAGGUGUGGACGCGUCGUAUGUGAGGACAUUAGCCAAUUGCUACGAUCGAUGCACGACUAG